CCGUGCCGCCUUCACCAGUCAGCAGCGGUACGGGGUGAGCUCCACGCGUCUCCGCGGCGGAAUUGCUAGUGAAGGGCACCGCGAUGAACGUGGACUUCAGAAAAGGCUUCAACUAACAGGGAUCCGCGUAAAACGAGAGGAGAGCUGACGCUGUGCUCACCGGCGGGCGCAGGCUGAGAGUUCCGUUCUGCGUGUUUUUAUGAUUAUUAUUUUUAAUCUCGCACCUGCUCACGCGCGCUGAGCGGAACAUCCCGAGUCGGAGCCAACUUGCACUACCGCACUUGCCGGUAGUUGUCCCAUAAGGAGCCGAACCUGCGAGCUUACGGGGGAUGCUGAGAGGGUUUCUGAUCUCCGUUACUGCUCCUGCUGAGCGCCGGGCUGGAAGGGUAGCUGGCGUGUCCUGGGGAGGAUGCUGAACAGGGGAGUGAUUUGCUGAUACGUCAUAUACUGCAGAAUGAAAUGGCAUUUUAUCAAAUUACCACAACAGAUACUGCAGCAACGUGAGUACAUAAAGAAGUAUCCAGGUGCAAUACACCCGCUCUGGCAGUUAUGAGGAAUAGAGGGCUGAAGUCACAGUCCUGAAGAUUGAUGGAGGGCCAUGCUAUUCAAACAGCAGGCAUUGCUGAGACAGAAGCUCUUCGUUUUGGGCAGCCUUGCUAUUGGAAGUGUCCUCUAUCUCGUGGCCAGGGUUGGGACUUUGGAUAGGCUACAGCCCAUUUGCCCAGUUGACAGCAGACUGCCCGCCCCUGAACCAGAGCAAAUUCCUCUCCGCACUCUGCAGUUUAAGCGUGGCCUCCUACAUGAAAUCCGUAAGGGCAAUGCCACCAAAGAGCAAAUUCGCCUGCACAACCUGGUCCAGCAACUGCCUCAGGCCAUUAUCAUCGGGGUGCGAAAAGGUGGCACCCGUGCCCUGCUGGAAAUGCUCAACCUGCAUCCAGCAGUUGUCAAGGCUUCACAAGAGAUCCACUUCUUUGACAAUGACCAAAAUUACGCUCGUGGCAUCGACUGGUACAGGGGGAAAAUGCCCUUCUCCUUCCCUCAUCAGAUCACCAUUGAAAAGAGCCCCGCUUACUUCAUCACAGAGGAAGUCCCUGAACGGAUAUUCAAGAUGAACUCUUCCAUCAAGCUGCUGAUCAUCGUGCGCGAGCCUACCACCAGAGCUGUGUCGGACUAUACCCAAGUGCUGGAGGGCAAGGAGCGCAAAAACAAGACCUACCACAAGUUUGAGAAGCUGGUCAUUGACACCAACACCUGCGAGGUGAACACGAAAUACAAAGCAGUCCGGACCAGCAUCUACACCAAACAUUUGGAGCGUUGGUUGAAGUACUUUCCCGUGGAACAGUUUCACAUUGUGGAUGGGGAUCGCCUUAUUACAGACCCGCUGCCAGAGCUGCAGCUUGUUGAGCGCUUCCUUAACCUCCCCUCCAGGAUCAGCCAGUAUAACCUGUACUUCAACGCCACCAGGGGAUUUUACUGUCUGCGAUUUAACAUUGUCUUUAACAAGUGCCUGGCAGGCAGCAAGGGCCGCACCCAUCCGGAGGUGGACCCAUCAGUAGUGACUAAACUGCAAAAAUUCUUUCAUCCCUUCAAUCAGAAGUUUUACCAGAUCACCGGUAGGACAUUCAACUGGCCAUGAUGAGCUCAAACUCCUCUGAUGAGAUUCUUUGAAUUGGUGUUUAUUUAAAAAUACCAAAUUCUGAGACCUCAAAAGACAUUAAUAGCACUUUGAUGGCAUUUAAUACCAGGAUGACAGUGUGACCAAAUAUAAAAGGAACUUGAUGUAAAUUUGUUUUCAAACAUGUGAAAGAAAAAAAGAACAAAAUAGUUUCAUGGUUUGACUAAAAGCUGCAGUUCAAAGCACUUGAUCUUGCAAAUGAACUCACCUGUCUGUCAGUGUUUUCCCCAUGUAGAGAAAAAAAAACAGUGCUGAGCUGUGUGAUUAACUAAAGAGAUUAUUUUUAAGAGACUAUCAAACACUGACAUUCAUGCUGUUAAGAUAAGCUAUAAGUGUGAUGCUUUUUUUCAUGAAAAAACACCUUCAAAACCGAACAGAAAAAGUUCAUCAUUCCUUAUCGUGGUGUUUACCUGGCCAAAACUGCAUGUAAAAUCCAGUUACCGGUAUAACACAGUAGACUUUUGUGUUUGCUCAUUGUGUUUUAUUUAACGCCUGCUGUGAUCAGUCCUUUAGAAGGUGUCCUCCUUUAGUUUUUAACAUAGUACCUAGUCUGUAGAACAGACUGGCUUAUCAGAAUAGGUAUAAGUGUUGCAAGCUUGGCUGUCGCCAUGUCAAAAACCUUUAAAGCAUUUAAGACUUGAGCUUGUGUUUUUAAAUGUAAGUAUACUGUUCUUUUCCCCUACAGCUUUCUCAUUGGGUUACCAACACUUAGUGGAGAAAAGAAGGUGUCCUCUGAUGAUUCAUGUCAAACCAGCUGUUUGUUCUAUGCUGAUUUUUUUUUUUUAAAGAAAUGUGUUCUGUGCAAAUAUUCAUUCUGUAUCAUAAGUGUGUUGUUAAAUUAAUAGAAUGUGUAAACAUUUGUGAGAGGAUUUCAUGUGUAUUGGUGUAUUUUAAUAUUCUUUUUGAGGGUAGUAGAUCAGAAAUAACUGACCUGCAGACUUACGCCGUGGUUGUGAUUCUGAGUGGUGGAAAGAAAGAAACUUAGUGGGGUACAAACCACCAUCUGUGUCUCCCUAAAGAAAUGUUCUAUUGAUUCAUGUUUCUGGACACAAACGUCCCUACAUUAUUGUCAUAUCC